AUGUCUUCCCAGGUUCUCAAGUCCCCCCUCGCCCAGAACCUUAAGGUGGCGCUUAUCCAAUUGAAAUCGGGCGCCGACAAGGCUGCCAACCUCUUGAAGGUCCAGAAGUUCGUCGAUUCGGCAAUCAAGGACUCCACAGUUGGAAAGAUCGACGUGGUGAUGUUGCCUGAAUGUUUUAACUCUCCCUAUGCCGUGGACAAAUUCAGAGAGUACGCUGAGAAUAUUCCCGAUGGCGAGUCCACCACCUUGUUGUCUCAAUUGGCUAAAAAGCAUGGCGUUUUCAUUGUUGGAGGCUCCAUUCCAGAGAAAGGUGAAAAUGAUCUUAUCUUCAACACCUCAGUGACAUUUGGUCCUACUGGAGAGAUCUUAGCCAAGCACAGAAAGGCACAUUUGUUUGAUAUCGACAUUCCAAAUGGAAUCACCUUCAAGGAGCUGAUCUCGUUGAGUGCUGGAGACAAGGCCACAGUGUUCAAGUUAGGAGACUUUGGCAAUGUUGGUUUGGGUAUCUGCUACGAUAUCCGGUUCCCAGAGUUGGCUAUGGCUGCUCUGAGACUGCCAUAUAAUGCAUUUGCCAUGUUCUACCCAGGUGCAUUCAACACCACCACUGGACCUUUGCACUGGCAUUUGCUCGCCAGGGCCAGGUCUGUUGACAACGAGAUCUUCACUGUGUUGUGUAGUCCUGCAAGAGACGUUGGUGGAGACGGUUACCAGGCUUACGGCCACUCUUUGGUUGCUGAUCCUAAGGGUAAUAUCAUUGCUGAGGCAGGUGAAGGAGAGGAAAUUUUGUAUGCUGAGCUUGAUAAGCUGUUGUUGCCAGCUGCCAGAACCGGCAUUCCUGUUCAUUACCAGAGACGGUUUGACAUCUAUGAUGAUGUGACCAAAAGUACCAAGACUAGCGAUGUAUAG